AGGCAACCAAAACUUCCCCCCUGCUUUGUCACCAGACUAUAAGUGUUGAGCUUCUGUUUUCUGUCGUCUGAGGCAGCUCAUUACCUGAAGGCAGAGCUCAAAGCCCUUGAGGAAAACGAUGAGCGUUGGUUUAUCGGUGGGGACAGGAAAACCACGCUGUCUCGUCGGGUUUGUUCCAGGCCAAUGACCCAAUAAGAAGCCUUGGUCUCCUGUGGUUGGUCCUGCCUGACACAUCAAACCUCCCUACGCCGCAGUGCAUUCAUUCUCCCAGAGUUAAGGACAUUAUGUGACACGUCUCCGUUUCUUGACUGGCUGAAUUUGACCGAGGCCACCAUGCAGGAGUGCCACACCGGACUGUGUCUGUCCGUCUAUGUCGUGACCUUUGUGCUGGGCUUCCCGGCCAAUGUCCUCGCCUUUUACACUUUUUGUAGGAAAGUGAGGCAAAAACCCACCCCGAUAGACAUCCUCCUCCUCAAUCUGACCAUCUCUGACCUCCUCUUUCUUCUCUUCCUGCCUUUCAAGAUGCAGGAGGUUAUGAACGAUAUGAUCUGGGACAUGCCCUACCCCCUUUGCCCCCUGUCUGGUUUCAUCUUCUACAUGACCAUCUACAACAGUACCUUCUUCCUCACUGCUGUUAGCGUUGAGCGCUACCUGGGUGUUGCGUUCCCCAUCCAACACUCCCUCAAACGGCGGCCUGUGUACGCUGUUGCUGCCAGUAUCUUCUUCUGGAUUUUCUCCAUCGCCCACCUGAGCAUCGUGUUCAUCAUACCCUUUAUCACCACAGAUUCAGAAGGCCCCCCAAAUAGCACAUCAACCCACAACGCCUCAAUUUUGUCUGCCUCCGUUGAAAAUAAAAGAAAUGAAGAGGUUUGUUAUGAAAAUUUCACAGAUGCCCAGCUGGAUAUCCUUCUGCCAGUCCGUUUGGAGCUCUGUUUGGUCCUCUUUUGCAUCCCGUUCCUGAUUUCCAGUUUUUGCUACAUCAACUUCAUCAGGAUCCUGUCCAAGUUACAUCAUAUUGAUCGGCGCCGGCGUCUGCGGGCUAUUGGCAUGGCUUUAGGAACACUGGUGGUGUUCGCUUUAUGUUUUGGCCCCUAUAAUGUCUCGCACAUCGUGGGUUAUAUCACAUGGAAAAGCCCGGACUGGAGAGACAAGGCCCUGCUGUGCAGCACCUUCAACGCUUGCCUAGAUCCUCUUAUUUUCUAUUUCUCCUCGUCAGCUGUGAGAGGGACUGUAGGUAGUGUGUUGGAAGAAGUUAAAAGCCACCUGCGCAGGUGCACGUCCUGUCACAUGUUCAGAGCCUUGAGAAUUAACAAGACUGCAAAAGAUAAGGAAAGCAAACAAGAGGAGACCAAUACUAUCUAAGCUGUCUGAAAGGGAGCUGUAAGCGGCUACCUUCACUAAUUUAUUUCUUCAUUCCUGGAAACAGGAAAUUAAUGCUGUUUAUGUUUUUACACUGGAGGAAAGGGUAGGACUUACUGUGUACAAUGCGACAUGUUUCCGUUUGCAUCACCUAUGAGUGACUUCCUUUUUGGAAAUAAACCAGCAAAAAGAAAACAAAAUAUCUGUAUUUAACAGGUUUGCUGCAAUGCAAAGUGUAAAUCCCCAGUGGAUUGUAACUGUCACAUUCAAAUGAGAAAUAUUUCUUCUAACAGCAGGAUUUAAUAAGGUCUGAAUUAAUGCUGUCAGGUGUUGUGGAAAGUUUUGUUUGAAACAUCACCAACAUGUAUAUCUAAGCAACAGCCAUGGACGUCAUCUCUGAGCAACAAGCGAUAAGGUUUUCCUUCCAGCUUUAACCAUGGACACAAUAUGCUGUUUGUUUGUAACAAAGCGGCUCUUGUGUAUUGUAUGAUG